AUGUCUGCGAAGGAAAGACUCAAAGGCAAGAUGACCAAAGACAGCGUUACCUUGCUGCCCUGCUUUUAUUUUGUGGAGCUCCCGAUUCUGGUGUCCUCGGUGGUCAGCUUGUAUUUCUUGGAGUUGACAGACAUUUUUAAACCAGUGCGUUCAGGCUACAGCUGCAGUGACCGCAGUCUCAGCAUGCCUUACAUUGAGCCCACAAAAGAGGUUGUCCCCUUCCUCAUGCUCUUUAGUCUGGCUUUCGCAGGGCCAGCAGCAAUGAUUAUGAUUGGGGAAGGGAUCCUGUACUGCUGUCUGGCCAGAAGAAAUCUUGCCAUCAAAACAGAGGCUAACAUAAAUGCUGCUGGCUGCAAUUUCAACUCUUACAUCCGACGUGCUGUGAGGUUUGUGGGGGUUCAUGUGUUUGGCCUAUGCAUCACAGCACUCAUCACGGAUAUUAUCCAGCUGUCCACAGGAUACUACGCCCCCUACUUCCUCACUGUUUGCAAGCCCAACUACACCAGCCUAAACAUGUCAUGUGAUGAGAACUCCUUCAUUGUGGAUGACAUCUGCUCUGGGCCUGAUAAAAUGGCCAUCAACGCUGGCAGGAAGUCCUUCCCAUCUCAGCAUGCCACUCUGGCUGCCUUUGCGGCUGUGUACAUCUCCAUGUACUUCAAUGCCACCCUGACUGACUCCUCUAAGCUCCUGAAGCCGCUUCUGGUUUUCACCUUCAUCAUCUGUGGCAUUAUCUGUGGCUUGACUCGCAUCAUUCAGUUCAAAAACCAUGCCGUGGAUGUUUACUGUGGCUUUCUCAUCGGAGGGAGCAUAGCCGUCUACCUGGGUCUGUAUGCAGUCAGAAACUUUAAACCUAGUGAAGACAAAUCUUUGAAGACAAAUCAACUCCAACAUCAGCAUCAGCAUCACCGACAACCACAACCUCCACCACAGCCCCAGCCAGUGGUGCCUCCACCUACUAUGCGGGAGCCGCUGAGACCGCUUCCCAACCUGAACACAGAUCAACUGCGCUUACUACCUCUUAAGAGCCUGAGCAUGCGGGAACGUCCCACCUCGGCACGCUCGGAGAGUAUCCUGCUACGUGGGCCCUCCCGAGAGAGCAGUUCCAUGUCGAGCUUAAAGAGGUCAAGCACAGAGGUGGAGUUCAUUAUGCCACCCAGCCCACUCUGCCAAGAGAGCUUCGUGACAUUCAGCAACACCCUGCCUCGUGUACACUCAACUGGAGUUGAAGAACAUGUGCCUCGCCGCCACGCUGCCAUUCAUGCCUCCAUGGACUCCACACGUUCCAAACAGCUGCUCUCACAAUGGAAGAUCAAGAACGAGAACCGUAAGAUGUCACUGCAAGUGAUGGAGGCUGAGGCUCGCCAGUCUCCCCAAUGCAACAUGGAGUUCCGCUGCAGCUCUGAACCUUCUGCUAUGGGCUUGGAUGGUGAGUUCCGUGGUGGACCCCCUGGGCAGUACAUAAAGCUUGCUGCUAGCACUGUCCCACUAGCCAAUCAUAAUAACACUGGUGGCCUGGCAGGUGGAGCCAGGGUAUCUAUUCAGUCACGGCCAGGCUCCUCCCAACUGGUUCAUAUCCCUGAGGAGACACAAGAGAAUGUGAGCUCCUUACCACAGGAGGAAGGUGGGGAGGUGAAUGAUGGUGGGGGAGGGGGCGGGACUGCGCACUCUAAAUGGCUGAAGGUGGCUGAGAAGAGCACAGUCUGCAGGACUAACAGCCAACCACGGAUCAUGCAGGUCAUUGCUAUGUCCAAGCAGCAGGGUAUGCUGCACAGUAGUCCUAAAAGUGAGGGCAGUACUGUGAGCUGUACUGGCUCCGUCCGCUACAAAGCCCUAAUGGAUCAGGAACUCAGUACAGGCAUUGUAAGAGUGGAGGCCCACCCUGAGAACAAGCCUGUUGUGAAACCACCAUCUACAGAUGGCAGUGGAUCCUGGAGGUGGAAACCACAGGAGCGCGACAGCAUUCGGCAGUCCCUCGAGCUUAGCGACCUAAACCGGGACUCUGAGAGCUGUGAGUCGUUGAAAGAUGGCUACGGCUCCAUAGAUGGCAACCGGAGUCUUCCUGACAUAAGCAACCCCCAUCAUCCCCAUUUUCACCAUCACCACCACCAACCGAGUAUCACCACCAUCCGAGUCACACCAGUAGAAGGGGGCAGUGAAGCCACCUCUGAAACUCUCUCUACCACCUCCAGUCGAGACUCCACCCUACGUAGGAAAGGCAAUAUCAUCUUGCUGUCCGACAGAGGGCCUAGUCCAGAGAACACCAGGAACCUGCCUCACUUUUUCAAACCUUCCCCGACACCUCCCCCCAUUUUGACUUACAAAGAGUAA